AUGGGCAUACCCGCAUUUUACCGAUGGCUGGUCGAGAGGUACCCCCGUUCAGUCGUCGACGCCGUCGCCGAAGAUAAUGCUCGCGGUUGCGGCGUCGAUGCCUCCAAACCUAACCCUAACGGCCUCGAAUUCGACAACUUCUACCUUGACAUGAACGCUAUCAUCCAUCCUUGCUUCCAUCCCGACGGCUCGGCUGCUCCGGAGAGCUUUGAGGACGUGUUUAAGGCGGUGUUUAAGUACAUUGAUGCAUUGUUUGCCAUAGUCAGGCCUCGGAAGCUUCUUUACAUGGCUAUUGAUGGUGUGGCUCCUCGUGCAAAGAUGAAUCAGCAGCGGUCAAGGAGGUUCAGAACUGCUAAAGAUGCUGCUGAUGAGGCUUCUAAAACUGAGACAUCGAAACGGGACUACUCUCGGGAAGGUCUGGAAUCGAAAGAAAAGAAGCUUGAUUCAAAUAUAAUCACUCCGGGGACUGAAUUUAUGGAAUUAUUGUCAUCUGCACUCCACUACUAUGUACACUUGAAGAUGAACUCUGGACCUGGUUGGCGGGGAAUUAAGGUUAUUCUAUCUGAUGCCAGUGUGCCUGGUGAAGGAGAACAUAAGGUUAUUUCCUACAUCCGCUUGCAAAGGAAUUUGCCAGGAUUUGAUCCCAAUACAAGGCAUUGCAUGUAUGGACUGGAUGCAGACCUGAUCAUGCUUGCAUUGGCCACUCAUGAAAUCCAUUUCUCAAUUUUAAGAGAGGAUGUACACAGAGCAUUGCCGAAGGAGAAAGAUUCACUACAAGGUUUGACAAUGCCAAGUAAUGGAGAAGGGUAUGUGAAGCUUUUUGAAAACUACAUAUCAAAUCAAAGAUUUCAGUUUCUUCACAUUUGGAUACUCAGGGACUACUUAUCUCACGAGUUACGAAUUCCGGAUCCAAAAGUCAAAGUUGACCUUGACCGAUUGAUAGAUGAUUUUGUGUUCAUGUGUUUAUUUGUUGGAAAUGACUUUCUACCGCAUGUGCCAUCACUUGAAAUAUCAGAGGGAGCUAUUGAUCUUCUUAUGAUGGUCUACAAGAAGGAGUUCUCACUCAUGGGUGGUUAUCUUACUAAUUCUUGUGAGGUUGAUUUGGAUCGGGUCGAACAUUUUAUACAAGCACUUGGUGCCUACGAAAGUGCUAUAUUUAGGAAACGUGCACAGGCUCAGAAAGAAUGGGAGACACGCCUGCGAUGCUGUACAUCUAAUACAAAUUCUAAGGGGGUAAAAGGGUCCACAAAAUUAUUAGUGGAGAUGAGAUCUGCAGUUGACGAGGUUAAGUUAGGAGAAGAGGGUUGGAAGAAGAGAUAUUAUUGUGAAAAAUUUGAAGUUGUGAAUGAUGAAGAGAUUCAAGGGGUGCAAAAGCAUGCAGUGUCAAAGUAUGUUGAAGGAAUCUGUUGGGUCAUGCAUUAUUAUUACCAAGGCAUUUGCUCCUGGCAAUGGUUCUAUCCUUAUCAUUAUGCUCCAUUUGCCUCGGACUUUAAUGGGCUGCAGCAGUUUGAAAUAAGUUUUAAUCUUGGCAAACCAUUCAAGCCCUUUGAUCAGUUAAUGGCAGUUCUCCCUGCCGCAAGUGCGCAGGCACUCCCAUCUUCUUACAGAAAAUUGAUGACUGAUCCAUUAUCUCCCAUUAUAGACUUCUACCCAACUGAUUUUGAGCUUGACAUGAAUGGGAAAAGACAUGCUUGGCAGGCUGUCUGUAAAUUACCAUUUAUUGACGAGUUGCACCUUCUCAUGGAAAUUAGAAAAGUGGAACAUACAUUGACGGAUGAAGAAAAACGAAGAAACAGUUUGAGUGUCGAUGUAUUAUUUGUCCACUCCUCACAUCAGUUGUCAACUAAGAUCUUUUCAUUCUGCAAGCGCAACAAGAAUAAUCCUAAGUUGCUAAAGGCCAAAGUUAAAAGGAAAAUUGACCCUGCAUUCAGCGAUGGGAUGAAUGGAUACAUAUGCAUCUCCACUAAGCCAGUACAACCUGCAGAAAUCAAUUCACCUGUUGACGGGAUGGAGUCAAUUACUGAGAACAAUGUAGUGUCGGUCUUCUACAAGCCCCCGGCAUUUCAUCCUCACAUUCCAAGAGUCCCGAAAGGAGUAGUGAUGCAUGCAAAUUCUGUUAACAAGAAUGAUAUCCAGCCGGCUCCCAUCCUGUGGCAUGAGAAGACGGCCCUUGUCCAACAAAGGCGGUUGCAGAGGCGUCUUCCUGCCAAGUCAGUCUCAGGUCCCCAUCUAGCAAAAUUGGCUCAUCAGCUUGUGUUGCAAAAAUGUACGACUGAAGUUGGUAAGAAGAGGAAGGGGGACUGGCCAGAACAUAACAACACUAUGAACCGGAAGAAGAGGAAGAUAAAGAUUAGAAAUAAGUUAAGAAAAUUGAAUUAA